UUGGCGCUGAACAGUCAAUUGUGUUAUUUUGAGAAGCUUUGUAUUAACCUAGCUAACGUUAGCUAUCAGACAUUGCAGACCAUCUAUAGAACAUAUAUAGUAAAAAUUCGUGUUUUCUUCAGGUUUGCUGAUGAAAUUCGGGAAUAAACUGUCUGAACUCUGGUAAGCAUGGCGUCAGUGCUGUCACAGCUGAUGGGUCAGUGGAUGGAUGUUCAGGGUCUCCUGAUAUUUCUGUGUGUGCUGCUGCUGGUGAAACACCUGCGAGAUGUUCUUACAAACAACAUGCCACCAGGACCCUUCCCUCUGCCUUUGUUUGGAAAUGUACUGAAUAUAGGCUUUAGUGAUCCAAUGGAGGUUUUUCCGAAGAUUGCUGAGAAGUAUGGAGAUGUGAGCACAGUGUAUCUGGGAAACAAACCUUGUAUACUGCUUACUGGAUACGAGACCUUCAAAGAAGCAUUUGUGGAGCAGGCAGACAUCUUCACUGACCGGCCGUACUUCCCUGUGAAUGACAAGAUCUGUAAAGGCCAAGGUCUGAUCUUCUCCAGUGGACACAUGUGGCGUCAUCAAAGGCGUUUUGCUUUGGCAACACUGAAGUAUUUCGGUGUGGGCAAGAAAACGCUAGAAAACUCCAUCCUGCAAGAGUGCCACUUUGUUUGUAGUACUUUGCAAACCAAGCAAGGUUUGCCAUUCAACGCCCAUCACCUCUUGAACUACGCAGUGGGCAAUAUAAUAUGCAGCCUGGUUUUUGGCUACAAGUUUGAGUACGACAACCAACAUUUUCACAAGCUGCUGCAGUAUUCAGAUGAAACUUUUAAGCUGCCCAUCAAUAUCUGGGGGCGGUUGUAUAACACGUUUCCUGCUCUGAUGUCCCGGCUGCCAGGAAAGCACCGGACUACAUUUGCCAACCUUUCCAAGCUUAAGCUCUUUUUUAAGGAGGAAAUCAGGAAGCACAAAGAGGACAGAACCCCAUCCAGUCCCAGAGACUACAUUGAUUGCUAUCUAGAUGAAAUUGAGAAGUGUAAGGACAGUGAGGCGGAGUUCACAGAGGAAAACCUGAUACACUGUUUGUUGGAUCUGUUUGGAGCAGGAACAGAAAGCACUGCCAAAUCACUUAGCUGGGCUUUACUCUACAUGGCCAAGUAUCCAGACGUACAAGAGAAAGUCCAUUCUGAAAUUGAUGAGGUGAUUGGACAGACACGUCAGCCGUUAAUGGAAGACAGGGCACACCUGCCAUACACCUAUGCUGUGAUGCAUGAGAUUCAGAGGUUUGCAAAUGUUCUUGCUUUCAUUCCACCGAGAGUUGCCAGCAAAGACACCACAGUAGCAGGAUGUCUCAUACCAAAGGGUGUGAUGGUGUUGCCGAUGCUGAAGCCAAUCCUGGAGGACAAGAAUGAAUAUCGCACUCCGUAUGAAUUUAAUCCUGCUCACUUUUUGGAUGAAAAUGGCAAAUUUUUGAAGAGAGAAAAUUUCAUUCCCUUUUCAAUAGGUAAGAGGAUGUGUCCAGGUGAGCAGCUCGCUCGUAUGGAGCUCUUCCUUUUCUUUAUCUCUCUGAUGCAACAUUUUACCUUCCUGCCACCUGAGGGAGAAACACUGAGUCUCAAAAGAACAGUUGCCAUCUCUUCUGCUCCUGAACCCUUCCACAUUCGUGCUGUGCCUCGAUUGUGCCACACGACUGCAACCUGAAAUAAAAGAAUCCGCUCAUUGGGUAAAAACGUUUUUUCUGCCCACUCCCAUUAAAAUGAGUUAAUCAAUCUCUGCAUUCUUCUAUUUAACGACCACUUUUUAAAAAUGUUUUAUCCAAAGCGUUUCAUUCUUAUUCUUCAUGUUCCUACACAGCUGCUCUAGUUUCUGUGGUUGUCUCAGAUAAAACACUGAUCGUUUUCAGUUUACUUUGAGUAAAACUUAAGUGUAAUAUUUUGCUCUUUCUAGUCAGAUUUGCUUGGCUUACUGCAAAUACAGGUCCAUUUUUUUUCUUUGCAAUUCUGAGUUCAUAUCUCACAAUUCAGACUUUUUUUUCUGGAAUUCUGAGAAAAAAGGAAUGACAAGAUAUACAUUUGUAAAUAUGAGAAGAAAAAAGUCAAAACUGUGAAAGUUGCAGUUACUUUUUUUUUAUUUCUGUGGUGGAAAAAAAAAAACUUACUGAGGACAAAAGAAUUUUAGACUCAGAAUUCUGAGGGAAAAUAAUUCUGAAUUGUGAAAAAGUUGCACUUUUGUGUUACAUAGUUUCCAUACUAUGACAUGUACAGUAAAUUAGUGCAAAAAUAUUUGUCAGGUUGAUGAACUCUUGAAGUUUAAUUUUGACUGCUAAGACAUGUAUGAUUAUAGAUGAGUGUUUCUAAUCAUAAACCAAAGCUGUCAGUUGCCUACUUUUUCACACUUUCCCUGGAGGUUUUGUAGAAUAUUGUACAGAUAUGGACAAAUAUAUUUGUGUACUCUUAAGUACUCUGUGAGAGACAUCUUUCAAUUUUAGUAUGUUUAGUAUUGCAAAAAUAAACCAUUAACUUGUUUUAU